AUAAUUAGAUCAGAUUGUAUACAUGGACCCGUCCUCCAAAAGUGGAGAAAAGAACCAUGAGGGACCAAAAAUCAGAGAUCAUGAAGAGGAGGAAAUCAAGGAUCAGGUUACUGGGCAUUCGAAUAAUGUAGAUGAAGUAGUAAAUGAGGUUGGUGGAAGUUGGAGCAAUGAAGAAGAAGAAAAUGAAAUAUUUAACGAUGAUGGAGAUGCUGGUGGGGUCCACAAUGAAGUUGGAAUUGAAGACUUAAAUAUUGUCACUGUAGACAGUGGUAUGGUAAAACUAGUGCUAGAUGUCCCUAAUUUGUUGGAUAAUGAAGAUGAGGAGACUAUUGAAGCUAGGACAAUUUUGAGAAACUUCAUAGCUUCUCAAGGUAAACCCAGAACUGAGAAUGAGCAAUCAGAAUCUAUCAUGGAAGUGGGAUCUUCUAGUAUUGCUAUUGGUGCAGGGCAUAUUGAUACAGUAGCAAAAAUUGAUGAUGGAGCAAUCCAAUUAGAUGAUGAUGUUAGCUAUAUUACAACAAGUGAUGAGGAUGACAGUGAAGUUGAACAUGGUAGAAGAAGAAAGGCUAUACAUCUGGUAUUCAAGGAACAUGAAGAUUGGCUUGUGAUAGGUCUUGGGAUGAUUUUUAUUAGCAAGGAACAGUUUAAAAGAGCUAUUGAUGAGUUGAGUUUUAAAGAAGGUAGACAAAUUAAAUGGGUGAAAAAUGACAAGGUCAAGUUCAGGGCAAUAUGCUAGGAAGCUAAGAAAAAAGGGUGCAUAUGGAAGAUUUUGUUGGCAAAGGACAGCCCAUUAGACUCUUGGAUGGUAAAAACUUUCCAACAAGAGCAUACAUGCAAUUGGGGUGUUGUGAACAAGAGAUAUACAUCAUGCCAUGCAGCUAAGCAUUUAGUUAAUUCCAGAGGAGCAAGUUGUUUGUAUAUGAAUUAUGAUAGCAUCUUUCAAGCUAUUUGGAAUGAGAAGAAUAUUGAGCUACUUCAGUGCAAUGUAAGAAAACAAAGCAGCAGUU